GUGUUCGACGAAAUGCCUUGGUUUUUAACAGGACGACUGACCAGUUUCCGCAGCCUCACAUUCUCUCGGAAUAUGGUGACGCUAGUGGUGGCGACCACCAUCGACCCGGCCUCAAUCGGCCCCGCCUCCGCCCUCUUGUCCAUGCCCGGCUGGCACCCCGGCCCUUUUCUCCAGGACAUGGCAAGUUUUGUGAACAAAGAUGUAAGACUAUUGAAGCAUGAUUACUCCAAUGUUAGAGAGGAUCAUUUGGACAAAAGGUGGGAGGCUGCAACCGGAGAGGUUGUGGAUGAGGUUAUAUUUCUUAGCAGGCACACUGCGGCCUCGAAUCGGCCUGCACUAACUAUUCAUCCAAUUGGUGUUCCACAUUUGAGAGAAGAUGAGGUGCCACCUGCGGGUGGCAAACCGGGCUGGGCUGCACCUCCAAAUGCCCGGAUGGGCCCGUGGUUGCGACUGUUAAAGGGCAUUGCAGAAUCACAUAAUCUGACUCCUGAAUUUGAGGUUACAUUGGAGGCCACACAUCAUGGACCUCUAACUGAUUCUCCCACAAUGUUUGUAGAAAUCGGCAGCACAGAAGAGUAUUGGAAGAGGCAGGAUGCAGCACAAGCCAUUGCUUUAUUAGUUUGGAAAGGACUGGGACUUGAUGGAGGAAUUCCUGUUGGAGACUGGCGCAGGAAUAAUGGGAAAAACAAAAUCCUUUUAGGGGUUGGUGGUGGACACUAUGUUCCCCGGCAUAUGGAUAUUAUUCUGAAAGAUGAUGUUUGGGUGGGCCACCUACUGUCGAGUUAUUCAUUGCCAAUGGAAGACAAUGGAGAGGCGGGAGUAGGUGGAACUUGGAGGGAAGCGAUUAAAGUUGCAUACGAGGUUACUAAAGAAGCAUUCCCAGGGGGAGAAAUUCUUGCUCAUCUUGAUCAAAAGAGCUUUAAGAGUUGGCAGAAAAAUGCUAUAUUGGGUUUCUUGAAAGAGAAGAAUAUAAAUGUUGGCAAGCCUCAGGAUUUUCGCUAAUUUGCUCAGGAUAUUAUCUAAUUUAUUAUCAGUUUGGGUCUGCUAGCAUACUUAUUUUUUGGGUACUUUGUACCAAAUCAUUGUUACCAUUUACCAAAUCAAGUUAAAGGAGGUCAUUGUAUUUCACAUUCAUAUAUCCAAUAAGUUCAACAUAUGUUAUUAUUUUCUUCACAAGAGAC